AAAUAGUCUCAAUGACAAAAGGCAUGGCGUAAAUGCUGUUUUUUCCUCUUCACAUCUCCAUGACAACAAUUUGCAAUGGGGAAGAAUUCGAUAGCAGGGCGCUCGCAGGCUGAUUGGGGUCCAUUGUGAGGGGCCUGAGGUCGCUGAUUGGUUCAAGGGAAGCACCAAAACUACAAGGAGUUUAUAUUCAUUCAGCUUGCUCAAGUACCCCCAAAUGCAGGCUGGAGACUGCUGCAGAGGAGCAUCCUAACACCGCUGGUUUUGAUGAUGGACUACAAUAUUUAACAUGGACUGAUUCAUCCUGAAAACAAAAGUAUUGGAUAAAAUGGCAAAUGCAGACAGCGAGGUGAGAACUUUGCUCAAUUUUGUAAACCUAGCAUCGAGCGACAUCAAGGCGGCCUUGGAUAAGUCGGCCCCGUGCAGGCGCUCAGUGGACCACAGGAAGUAUCUCCAGAAACAGCUUAAGCGCUUCUCUCAGAAAUACUCCCGGGUGCCAAGAUGUCACCCGCUUCGAUCUGCACAGUGUGCCAAGCCCACGGGUGCUACUGGUCUGCAGGUUCCCGAAAAGGGUGUUGGUGCUGUGCACACAAGUGCAGACAUUGUGGGUGGUUCUGUGGAGCAGGUGCCCAUGAGGAAACGCCAACUGCCAGCCUCUUUCUGGGAGGAACCCAAACUGACCAAGAGGGAGCACUCCCAGUCGGGACUGAGAAUGAGUCACCCAGCAUCGACAGAGACGAGAGACCACAGGAAAGGUCACGAUGAGGACGCAAAGGUCUACAAAGAGGCUCUCAAAUUGGAGCGGACCUCUCAUCGUGGCUUGAGCGUGUGUGCCUGCUGCCCUUUCCAAUUCCACCACCAACACCAGCAGCAGGUCAUCCAGGGUCACAUCAUGGUGCCGCAUCCUGCUAUAGGACUGUGGUGCAAGGCCGAGCCUGAGAGAGCAGAGCAGAAGAUCCAUACGCACGUUGUGGUCAAACCUAUACCCACCAAGCCCGCUAUCCCAUCCCCUAUCUUCAGCGUGUUUGGCUUCAUUUAACAAAUACAACUAAUUAUUGUCAUCUCAACAAUCGAUAAUGAGACACUUCCUCAAGCACUUAAUGGAAUACUAUUUUUUGCUCACCUCUAGAGGACUAAAAUGCACUUCUUCAUGUUCUGUUUCUCUGAUGCCACACAGUAAGUUGACAGGUUUCUACUUUUAGGCUCUUCAAGGUAUCUCAAAUGAAAAGACAAGAAAUGUGGAUUUGAUUGUCUUUGUCACAGUAAUGUUUGAUACAGCUGCUUUCAUCUCUUAAAUAAACGAUUCCCACAAGAA